UUGGCAUGACAUGCUAAAAGAGCUGAUAAGGAAAUGCAGGUGAUAUAUAUUUAUCAAACUCAUGGAGAAUCACCUACUUGCUGAGGACAACUGCACAGACAUAACGGUCUAAAGCAACUCAGGAAAAAUGAACCUUCUGCUACUCUUCGUCACCUCCCUGAUCCUGGCAACCGCACAUGGCAAGGAUAAGAAAGAUCACUGUAAUUGCCCAAAAUGCGGAAAGGAAGAGCCCAAUCUAUGCAAAGCCAACAUGCAGUUUGCAGUUACGCUCUAUAACGCCGUCUCUUCCACAACAGCGAAAGCCCCACCAAAUAUAAUGUUUUCCCCAUUCAGCAUUUCCUCAUUCCUUGCUAUGUUAGCUAUCGGAGCCAAAUCGACCACCCGCAACCAGAUUCUAGAAGGUUUGACCUUGGAUGAAACCCAAGAGGAUUUGGCGCUCAAUACUGAGUAUAAAAACCUCCUGGAAACACUAAGGAAACAGACGGAUAAAGUACAAGUUACCUUCGGAAACCGGUUCUUCAUGCAGAAAUCAACAGAUAUUGUGCCAAAAUAUCAGCAAGAUGUGACCCGUUACUACAACGCCUCCAUGGAGUUUGUCAACUUCAACAACCCGCAAGAUGCAGCGUCAGAGAUCAACGAAUAUGUAAGAAUGCGGACAGGUGGGAAAGUAAGAGACUUGGUCAGUAACCUGGAUCCUUAUACAAAACUGGUCCUCGCUGACACUUUGUCCUGUAAAGCAAAAUUACAAAAUCCCUUCACACAAAAUGACAUACAAUAUGAAGACUUCACAGUGAGUCAACAGAAAACAAUCCGAGUGCCAAUGCUCCACAGAGUAGGCCAUUAUAAAACUUACAAGGACAAAGAUCUUCAUGCUGCAGUGGUUGAAGUUCCGAUGGCUGGUGACCUCAUCCUGCUUCUCAUUGUACCGAAAAUGGGAUAUCUUGACAAAGUGGAACAAAAAUUGACAACUGAGCUCAUAAGAAAAUAUUUACACAAGACAAGAACCAGUAUGUUAGAUUUCUACAUGCCCAAGCUGACAUAUGAUGGACAGGUCAAUAUCCAGUGUGCCUUGAAAUCCAUGGGGAUGACACAAAUGUUUAAUGACAAUGCUGACUUGUCUGGGAUAUCUAAACAGUCAAGACUCAAAGUUUCUAAUAUUUGCCACAAGUCUACAUUCAGCAUCUCUGAGGAAGAGAUAGAAACAAGAAGUGGUUCCGCCACACAGACCUAUGUGAAAACCGAAGCCCCAGAACUGAAGGUUAACCGGCCAUUCCUUGUACUGGUUUACAGUGAAGAUGCCGACACCAUACUCUUAAUGGGGAGAGUCACAGACCCAUCAGCGAAAUAAAUGCACCUUAGUGCUGUAUCUUCAGUGCCGAAAAUAAAAACAUGUCUGUGGUGCAUGGAAGGUUCAUACACUGUUUAGGCAUAAUAAAGUGUUUACACUAACAAA